AUGAAGACCAGAGGUGUCAAGCGGGAAUUGAACAUUACGGAUGACGAAGCACCAACUGCAAAGAAGGCGCCUGCUACGGAAACCGAGCAGGUGAAAGCGACUGAGAAAUCAAAGUGUUACUACUGUUGUGAUUUUAGUGCAGAAAGCAACGUCGGCCGUGGCGAAGAGCUGUCCGCAAGCAGGCUGCCAGAGAAGCGCGAAGAAGGUUGA